UUGAGUGAGAUGAAUCCUCAAUGAAACUGAUUGUUUAUAAAACUAAGUAAUGAUAAGUGUCAAGUGAUAACAUUCCUAUCAAUAUUAUUUUACAAUACUACGACUGAUCUUCAUCACAUUUUUUGUGUAAAUUAUAAACGUAAAUAGUAUACUAUUGUAGACUUUAAAAAUGUGCAAUAUCAGUUUCAUUAAGAAUAUGUUCAAAAUGUUUGUGGUGAUAUUGUUAUAUUUGACUUGUAUUUUUGCAAGAAGGUUUCCGGAAGAAGAUUACACAGGGGGCUACUUCGAUAGCCAGUAUGCUAGAACAAAAACCGCGCUGGAAAAGUUAGAACACGCUCCGCAAUGGAUUCCGAAUUGGCCAGAUUCAGCGGUAAAAAUGGGUCAGGUAUCUGGAGUAGCAUUGGACACGUCAGGGCUACUCCUUGUCUUCCACCGGGCGACCAAUUCAUGGGAUCUCAACACUUUCACAGACAGAAAUGUGUACCAGGGCAUUGGUGAUCCUCCAAUAGCUGAGCCAACAAUACUUGUAUUUAAUGAAACAGGAGAUUUACUUGACUCCUGGGGACAAAACCUUUUCUACAUUCCUCAUGGCAUCACAGUGGACAAUAAAGGCAAUGUUUGGGUGACAGAUGUAGCUCUACAUCAGGUCUUUAAGUUCACACCUGAAAAUCGAAUUAAACCAGCUAUGGUGCUCGGGGAAAAAUUUAUACCAGGAGAUGACGAUGAACACUUCUGCAAGCCAAGUGCAGUGGCUGUUCACUCAUCUGGUGAUUUCUUUGUAGCGGAUGGAUACUGUAACACACGCAUUGUUAAGUUUGCAGCUGACGGAACUAAGAUACUGCAGUGGGGGAAACGGUUCGGCGACGGCCCGUUCGUGCUGAAGGUGCCGCACGCGCUGGCGCUGGCGGAGGACCGCGGCGAGCUGUGCGCGGCGGACCGCGAGCACGGGCGGCUGGCGUGCUUCCGGGCGGACUCCGGCGCCUUCUCCGUCGCCUUCAGGCACUGGCUCGUGGGACCCAGGCUGUUCAGUCUCGCCUACGCGCCCGUGCACGGCGGUCGACUGUACAUCGUGAACGGUCCGGCGCUGGGAGGCGGCGUGCCGGUGCGCGGCUACGCCAUAGAUUAUACAUCGGGGAAACUCAUACAAACCUUCGCACCGGACGAUGGGUUCAGCAACCCGCACGACAUCGCGGUGACGCCGGACGGCAGUGCCGUGUACGUUGCGGAGCUGAACCCGCCACGCGUCGUGCGUUUCGGGAGCGAACCCGCUGCGUCCGCCACACGCGUCGCCGGUGACGCACGCGUCGCUGCCAUCGCGUCGGUCGCAGCCGUCGCGUCGAGCAACGUAACACACGUCACGGCCACGGCUACCGCCAUUGACGAGGGCGCGUGGUGGGGCGCGUGGAGCGGCGCGCGGGGCGGCGCGGCGGGGGGCGCGCUGGCCGCGCUCGGCGCCGCGCUGCUGCUGGCGCUGUGCCGCGCGCGCUCUCGCGGUAAGCACGCGCGCGAGCCGCUGCUCUCGUAGGCCAGACUAUGACACGUGACUCGAUCGACUACUGACCCGAAUGCCAUUUGAACUGAUUCACGAUAAAAUUUGAAUAGCGUAAUACGGUACCGAUACUAUGUUGCUCUUAUUGAUUCGAGUUGAAUGCGAUUAUUUAUUAAAGUCUUAAAGCCUGCGAUGGCAAAAAACUCGUUUGAUUUAUGUAUGUGUUUCAUUGUCGACGCUAUUAUGGGAUAUCAGAGAUAUAUUGAGUGGACUCGUAGUGCACUGAAUUCUUCACAUUCCGCAUCUUGAUUACCGAUUCUGCAUCAAUAUAUUUAAUUGAUGCGAAGGAACGUAUCAGUUUUUUUGUACAACAUCUAAUGUUGGUCAGUUAAAUAGUUAUCGUUCUUCACAAAUGACCAAUUGAAGUAUAAUUUUCAUCAUCAUAGUUGAAAUACAUCACACUCAUCUGAAAUAUUUUAUAAAUAUUAUAAAUGACGCUGUUAUCACAAAGUUAUAUACAUAAAUAAUAUUUUCUUCUAUUAUUUAAGUGGAAUUAAGAUAUAAGUUGGUCUAAGAAUACACAUUAUAAUUAUAACAUGAAUCAGCAGUUAUAUGUGAUAUUUAAAAAUAAGUCUGUUAGUUUAUUGUUAUAACAAAAUUUAGAAAAGCAAAAUUUUAUUUAUUUAAAAGAGGGAAAAAUCUGCAUCACCAGUAUUGCCAUUAUAAUUCCUAUAAAAAUAAACACAACUACAGUUUACACGUAGUGAUGAUCUCCUUAUCUUAGAUCUGAAAUUAAAAAUUGCUUAUAAAUAUGUACCCAAUUAGGAAUCUUGUUUUUAUUUAUUUUAUUUUCGAAAAUAAGAAAAUAGUUUGUAUAUUUUGUUGUUUUCAUAAUUAAUUGCACUCAUUUUUGUUGUUUAUUUUUGUUUUGUGAAUGUAAUAUUUGAUAAUAUAUUAUUUUUGCUUAUGUGAAUAAGAUGUAAUGAGCAUUUAUCGAAAUAUAUUUAUUUACUGCA